UCUCAAAAAAAAUGGAUGAUCAAACUUCAAAUAUUGUCAUCUCAAUUUCUCAAAAUGAAAACCGACUUCAAAAAAUCAAAAAAUUACUUAGAGAGUAUUUACUCAAUGACUUCUCUAAAAAUAUCGUAGAACUUUCUAGCCUUUUAGAUGAAGUUCAAGAAACCAAAAUUUGGCAACACGCGGGAUACGAAAAUUUUUACAAGUUUUGUCAAGACAUUAUUGGUCAAGAUAUUAUAAAUCUAUUAAAAAAA